CUUACUUCUAACAUACAUUCUGACUUUCCUCCCUUCCCCAUAACAAGUUCUUUUUUCAAGCUAUCAUCAUCUAAAACCUGCAGGAUGAAGAUCUUGUAUUUUUCAGCAUUUAUGUUUGCUAUGAUUGCGCUGACUAAUGCCCUCGCAAAGAGUGAUCUGGUGAAAAGGUCUGCCCGGUGUUCUCCUGGUUGGACUCCGUUCAACGGGCGCUGCUUCCGCUACAUUCCAAGGCCCAUGAGUUGGGCAAAAGCUGAGAGAAAUUGUGUGUCCAUGAGGGGAAACCUGGCAUCGGUUCAUGACAUUGAGGAGUACCAUGAGAUCCAGAGGCUGAUCAUGACUUCUAGCCAUGAGUAUAAAGAGACCUGGAUUGGAGGCACUGAUGCACAAGAGGCGAAUCAGUGGUUUUGGAGUGACGGUACUCGUUUCCUCUUUACCAACUGGUGUUCUGGAGAGCCUAAUAACACACAUGGAGUGCAGCGUUGCCUUCAAAUCAACUAUGGAUAUCAGAAGUGCUGGGAUGACUUUGAGUGCUUCUUCCCUAAACCAUCUGUCUGUGCCAGGAAAGGCUACUGAACAGUCUUUAAUUCUAUCCUUUAUUCUAUCACUGUUAAACAACUUAUGAAAACAAAAGAGUUGCAACAUUUACUGAUUUACCAUUAAUUCUUUGGACUUCUUCCUAAUUAAAUAUCCUGAAUUUGUUGUGGAAGUCUGCUUUAACCGCUGCUUUAUUCUGUAGAAAAUAAAACGCUCCAGCAAAAAGAUGAAAAA